AUGAGUGGGAGAAGUAAAACACCCGCGGAUCCGGUUUCCUCACAAACGGCCGCAGACCAAGCGACAAGGACGAGAACCAUCCGUGUCGUUUACGUCAUCGCCGCCCUGGACAUCACGUGGAUGUUUCUGCAGUUUUCUGUAACUCCAUAUUUGGCAAAGAGACUUGGCUUUGACACCUUGUGGUUCGGUUAUUUGCAAACCACGGUCGGUGUGAUCCAGCUGUUCGGGGGCCCAGUGUUCGGCAGGUUUGCGGACCUGUUUGGGGCUCGGGUCGCUCUGUCUCUGUCCUGCGCCUCCACCGUGGUGUUCUUCCUGCUGCUCGCCGUCGCAGACAGUCCUGCGAUGCUGUUCAUCCACAAGAUCCCCGCAGUCUUCAUGCACGUCCUCCCUGCGUCGCAGAUGGUUGUCGCCGACCUUUCGGCGCCGGACGAACGGGCCGCUGCUCUGUCCAAGCUGGGUCUGUGCUUCGGCGUGGGCAUGAUCGCGGGCUCCACGCUGGGCGGACACCUCAACACGCGCUCCGGGGAGACCUUCACCGCCUGCUGCGGUGCGGCGGGCAGCGCCUUCACUUUAGUCCUGGUGUUGAAGUUCAUCCCCAAAACCACCAAGUCUGCAGGAACCAGCCCUCAGACUGAGAGCAAAAACAAGUCCGUGUUCAGUGUGGGAGAGAUCAUGAGACUGAUGACGUUUCCAGGCGUGACUCCGACUUUUAUUGUGAAGGUUGUGGCAGGUUUGCCGUCGGGCAUUUUCCAGGUGAUGUUCUCCAUCAUCGCCCUGGAGUUCUUCCGGCUGCAGCCGCAGCAGAACGGCUACCUCAUGGCCUACUUCGGCAUCGUGCAAAUGGUGAUUCAGGGAGCAGUCAUCGGGCGACUCACGGCCAGAUACUCUGAGAGCUUCCUGCUGCUCCUGUCCAUCGGAGUCUCCUCCUUGGUGGGACUGGCUCAGGCCUACAUGCAGAACGUGUUCCAGUUCUGCCUCAUCGUCCUCCCCAUGAUGUUCUCGCUCAGCGUGUUCAACGUCAUCACCGACAGCAUCCUCACAAAGAGCGUGCCGUCGUCGGACACAGGCACCAUGCUGGGUCUGUGCUCGUCCGUUCAGGCGCUGCUCCGCACGGUCGGCCCGACCAUCGGCGGCUUCCUGUACGUGAACUACGGGGUUUCCUCCAUUGGCCUGAUUCAGUUCCUCGUCAAUGUCACCGUGUUCCUUUAUCUGCUGCGGCGUCGGUUUGGAAGGACAGUUGAGCAAAGCCGAUGAAAAGCUGAAGACUGGAUGAAUGUCACUGUCAUUUUUAACAUUACACGUAGUCAAAGCUCUCAGUUUCUGUUUGUUUCAACAGCUGUUUAGUGUGAAGCAGUCACAAAAGAAGCUCUCAUCAAAUCGCAUUGUGGGGUUUUAAAGACUCAGAACCUUUUUUUAAUUCAUUAUAAUUCACAACCUGCUUAGUUUCCGCUGUAGAGUCACCAUAAAGCACCAAAGGCUGAGAUGAAUAAACUGAGCACAUAACGAAGUAACCAGCAGGUGGCAGCACAUCCCCUUCACGUGUCGGAGUCUGAUAAUCUCUAUGUCACAGUCACAUAAGCAUGAGAACAACCAGUUGUACUGUGUGGAGCCAGAGCCAAGACCAACCAGCCUGAAACAGCUGGUGUUUGUCGUGUUUUUACAGCCUCCGCUGCCGACAGAGCUCCCACAAAGCAGGACAGGUGCUGUCAUUGUUCCCACAAAGUAUUACAUCCAGAAAUCCCAGAUAAAUAUGAUCUUAUUUGUACCAGCAUGUGGCCAGAGGACGCCUGGACACUCGCAGCAGAUUGGAUUCGAAACCUAAAACAAUCAAAGGGAAUGUUUCCAAAAAAGUCCACAUGUUCAUUAACAGCGAUUAACUCCUACUCAGAAAACCAGGCAGAGAGCGACUAACACACUAGGUACAGAUGGAACGUAAUUAGAGUUUAAGGCUGAUAUUUACAUGACUUUAAUGUUUUAUUGAGGUGAUGCAGAUAUUGUGUAUUUAUGGUUUUAUAUAUAAGACAAACCUAUAAACUAAUCACUGUAGAGACAUUUUUAUGCAUUUACUAAUAUAAGAAUGCCUGAAGCUCAUCGUCAUCAUCAU